CGUUUCGGCAGUUCGUUCGUACGUUGGCACGUUCGUUAUUGGUUCAACAUCUCGAUCGUUUGUUUGUUUUAUCGCUGGCUAGUGGCGUAAAAUUACGUUUUGUCGUCGUUGUAAAAACGCAAGUGGCGCGAGUUGAAAUUUCUUUAUGUUUUUAUGUUGACGCGAAAUAAUGUUUUUUUAACGAAAGUUGUUGAAGUGAUUGCCUACUGUUUACUCUUAUUUGUGUUAUGCCAAAUCGCGCGAAAAACACAGCACCGUUAUUUUGUUUAUUUUAAAGCAUAACAAUUAGUAUGUUUUGAAUAAAAAAAAAAUAUUUUAAUACUUUGAAUUGGUAGCUUUAAAAUACUGUUAACAAUUACAUUACAUGCAAAAAUUCACACACACUUAUGUACAUACAUAUUUUUCGACCGGUGCCUGUGCUUUGCGUUUAUUUUGCAAUAUUUGCGAAAUUUUUUGAAAUUUCUGUCUAGAGCGCAAUUCUGCUAGAGCUAAUUAAUUGCCAUACAAAUACAAACAAACGCGUGUGUUGCAGAGUUGGGAAAAAAACAAAAAAGCAACAACAAAUAUUAAGUGCAUGUUAGAACCAAAUAAGUUUUAGAAAUAUUUGAAAUUAAAUAAGUGUUUGAGCAUAGUGUUUGCUUGCAUAAAUGCGCGUGAGUGUGUGUGCACAUUUACAUAAAUGUUGUUAAAUAAUAUAGAAGAGCUACGAUUACAGGCAUACUUGCCACACUGAAGUGCGCAAAUUCUUAGCAAAAUGCAGAUUUAAAAUAUUCUAUGUUAUUGUUGGUGUCUUUCUGCGGAAAUAAAUAAUAAAAUAGAGUAAAAUAAUUGAAUAAAAGUGCCUAGUGUAUAUAUGUAUGUAUGUGUGUGUGUCUGAAGCAAUUGCAGCGCAUAGUUUGCAUUGCUCAAGAAAACCAAAAUUUAGUGUAUGCAAAUAAAAAACAACAAGAACAAAAAUUAUACCAACAACAACAACAAUAACAAAAGUAAUACCUACAAUAAAAAGAAACAACAACAACAAAAAUAAUAUCAACAAUAAAAAUAAAAACAACAAACAUAACAACAACAAUAAAAAUAAAAUACAACAAAAAUAACAACAUCAAUAAAAAAUAUAAACAACAACAACACCAAAAGUAAUAUCAGAAAUAUCAGUGCUUUAACAACAACAAAUAAAUAAGAAAAACCCGAAACAAAUUCUGUAUGCAAACAAAUGUGUUAAAAGUACGAAAAUAACCAAAUUUCGGCCGGAAGCAGAGGCUAACGGAAAUUUGCCGGACUGCAGUGCGGAAGUCAGUGCAAAGAUCCCAAAGGCAACAGCUGCGGCACUUAAUCAUAGACUAAACCAAUAAAAAAAAAAAACAAGUGAAGCGACUUCAUAGCCGCCAACUGCCAAGCGUCAACCAGUGACAGCUACUGCCAAAGUAAUCCGCUUGGCAACAGCUGUCACCACUCAGCUCCGUACGGAAAAUGUUUCCCCGCCUGCCCGGUCCAAUUGGAGCGGAUAUCUUUCUCGGUGCCACCACCACUGUGCGCACAGUGUUCCCGAACUCGCGUCUAGACUCGCUAUCCGGCAACAGCGGCGGUGGCGAUGGCGGCAACAACGCGCAAAAUGCGCAUCAUCACACGCACCUCAACCACCAACAGUCGCACGACGGCACCGCCACACCAGCGCCCGCUUUCGGCAAUCAGCUGCAAUCGCCGUACGACUCGACCAACACCAAUAACUUCGCGGCCACAGCGACGUUGGAUGCGGACAGUGGCGGUGGCGGUGGCGGUGGCGGCGUCAGCAGCAGCUUCAGUCCACUAGGUGCCGCAGAUGCGGCGCAUAAUAAUUACCUGCCCGAAGACGAUGCAGACUGGUGGUCGAAUGCCAUCGAAGAGGACACUUUCGACUCGCCGCUCGCGUUCGAUAGCAGCGAGAAUGGUUUGUGGAAUGGGCGUUUUGUACCGCCACCACCACGCCCACCAUUUCUGGAUGACGGCGUCGCCGCGGACGGACUUACCACCUGUGAUUUAUGUACGUGGGCAUGGCAGCGCAAUGCCUACUCGCUAGAUGGAUCGAUUGAUCACGCCGGCGAACUGGGUUGGGCGUUCACCUUAAUCAUAGUUUCAAUCAUAUCAGCUCUUAUAGGUGCUAUUGUAAUGGUCAUAGUUCUAAGGUGUAGAAGAAUAAAAUCAGCGAACGGCAAUGCUGGUCGCACACAACCGUGGUGGUGUCGUAACAAUCGCAAUGGCGGCUCGAAUGGUCGUUCCACACUCUCGAUCAAGCAUCAAGCCGACAGCAUAAGAAGACGUCCGAAUAGCAAUUCUGGUGUUUGGUCAUGGAGUCGCCGCUCAUCAGCUAGUCCAGAUCAAAUUGGACCACCAUCAUCGUCGCCUGCCGAAAAUCAUUAUACACACAUGGACGAUGCAUAUAGUCCAGUUAAUGAGGCAUUGUACGCUGAAUUGGAUCGCGAAUCGGUACGUUCGGCAAAUCCGUCAUAUCAAAAUACGGCCUACAGUCAGUGUGGUGAGAAAUACAAUUUCCAACAACACGAGCAAGACAUUCCGAUGGUGGUGUCAUCAGCGCCCAGCAGCGCCUAUUAUUCCGACCUCUCGGUGACCGCCAUGCCAGGCGGCGGCAAUGAGCGUGCCUACGAAAUAGUCGGCCUCACGGUCAUGUCACAACCACUGCCCAACUGGGAAGGCAGCAGCGGCGGCGGUGGCGUCUUGGGGGUAGGUGUUGGCGGUACAAUGGGCCCCCUCGGCAGCGGCGGGCCAAACGAAGCCUCGCAACGGCGCAUACCACGCUUAGCGGCCAUUAAUGAGACAAGCACAAGCACCGUGGCGGCAACAGUGCCCUCAGACUAUGUAUGAGAUACGGAGGAUGAGCGGCAGUGCGAAGAGGGUGUAUAGCGAUUUUAAAAAGCGUUUAAUGAAAUUGUUUUCGAAUAUGCACUGGGACGAAGUGUAGCAUACUUUACGGGCGUUAGUUGUUAAGAAUGGCAACAGUAGCUUGCUGGAGAGGCAAAGUAGCAGAGAAAUGUAAAAAAGAAAUCAUAUUUAAGGCAGAAAAAACGAAAGUGGAAAUUCAACGAGCUUAUAUUUGUUAAUAAAUAAUUUAUUGUGAAUUAUUCGAAACUGUUGAAACAGUGAGAUUCUUGAAAGCAUAAAGCGCUAUUUAUGUAGAGUUAUAUUAGAUUAAAAUUAUAUUAUAUAUGUAUACAUAGAAUGUAUCUUUGAGGUAAAAAUAAUGUUAAAGUGCUUACGAAUAUUUAUAGAAUUGCUAUAUUAUGGUAUGAAAUGGAGGGUGAAGCAACAAAAUAAAACAAAAAAAUUAAUUAUUGUAAUUAAUCUAUUGUAAUUGAGUUAGUAUGUAGGUCUGUUAAGAUUUAACGAUUUAAUCGUUGGUGAUAUUUAGCCUAAAUAUUUAGUGUGGACACAAAGAUGUGCAAAUUGGCGUUAAAAUACGAAAGUAAACUUUGUAUAUGAAAAGCGGUAUACGUUUAGAAAAAAAUACACACACACAAGCGUAUACAAAGAUGUUUUAGACGUAGAGACAGCUAUCUAUGUAUACAAUGUAGAAGCAAGAAAAGAAAAAUUACAAAAAAAAAUAUUAAAAAAAUAUAUACAAAAAAAUUUAAAAAGUAUAUGAAAAAAUAUAAUUAAAAAUUAUAAAAAAAAAUAUUUAAAAAAAAAAUAUAAUUAAAAAUUAUAAAAAAUAUUUAAAAAAAUAUAAAAAAUCUACGCGAGUUAAACAUUAUUAGAGACAUAUUGAAAUCCUUAAAGGAACGUAUUAGAAUAAUGCAUAUAUAGCUGUUAAGCGUGCGUGUAUGUAAAAUGUACAUACAUAUCUACAGUAAAGGACAAAAAUGUACACAAAAAUACCAAUAUUUCUCCAAAAGCUUAGAAAUCUGAAAAUACAUUCAAAAGGACAUUAAAUUUGCUUUCGAAAUCAAUACUUUUGUGCAUUGACUCAAAAGUGCGAUUAAAGGGUUAUAUACAGUUAGAAGGCCCAAAAAAAGCGAAUUUUCCAGAAUUUUUUUCGGAGAAAAGACUUAGUAUUAGUAAAAAUAUUUAUUUGGAGAGGAACUAAAGCUAAUAUCCGGGAACUCCUCUCAAAAAAAGUUUUGCGGUGGCCACUAUAUCUCUGAACUGGAUCCUCUGAAAUUAACAACCAAAUAGAUUUCGUUAAAGUAAUAUUAAAUCUAGUAAUUAAUCGAAGAAAUAAACAAAAUAAAAUUUUUUGGCAAAAUGGCGGUUUCUAAAACAAAAUCUGCUUUUGACCAAAAUUUCGGCCUUAUAUUGUUUACAAAAAAAUUGGUGAGAUAAAUCAAUACAACUCUUGUCCAUUGACUCAAAAGUGCGAUUACUAGCACGUUGAUAUUUUGUGCGGUCACCACACGACUUUUUCCCCGUCCUUUUUGGCAUACUCUUUAUGAGGUUCUCUAAGAUAUUUGGGCUUUCUUUGCUUUGCUUAGAGGGCUCGCUCUCACAAUUAAUUUACAGUUUUUUCGGAAAAAUUUUCUUUUUGAAAAUGGCCCAAAGGUGCUCAAUGAGGUUCAAAUCUAGGGUCUGGGUGGUGAGUCAGUUGAGUAGUUUGAUCCCAAUAACCACAAACCACGAUUUGGUAAUUUUUGCGCUAUCUUUCGGACCGCUAUCCCUCUGAGUCUGAAUAUAACCUGACUUGGAAGAUAUGAGUCCUACAGAAUCUCAAUAUAAUCUUUGAUACGUAUUAUACCAUCGAUCCGCCGAAGUACACCCAGCUCAUUUCAAAUUAUCAUUUUUGUGAUUCUGUACACCUGUUUGUCAACCAAUUACCAUGUGACCCACCUGAUCCUAUUCGUUUACUUUUGGUUUCAUCGGACAAAGUAAUUCAUGUUGAAUUAUUCAUAUUUUGGCGAACUUUAAUCGAGCCUAACGGUGCUUACCACUUAAGAAAGAGCUUUUUGCCAUCGCUCUAACCUUAAGCCCGUUACUUUUCAGGCUUAAUUGUACAGUCUUGUCACCGACAUUGACUCCAUGGACCUCUCUGAUGAUUUUAUUCGUUUCCACAGCGGUUUUUAUUGCGGACAACUCGGCGAACGGCCUCUGCUCUUUCGCAACAAACGAACUCAAAUUACAUAUACAUAUAUUCAUGUAUAUUCAUGAAUGCUUUUGUCCCUUACUGUAUAUACAUAUGUAUGUUAAACUUAGUUUGUGUAUGUAUAAAGUUAUUGUAUUAAAGUAAAAAAAAAUCGCAUAUUUAUAUAUUGUAAAUGUUUCCGUAUUGACUGAGCCUAUUUACUUGCAUAUGUAUGUAUGUAUGUAUGUACAUAUGUGCACUUUUAACUAUACUAUUAUCAUAAUAACACGUAAACCAAUAACAAUGACCUUGCCUCACAAUGCAUAUUGCAUACAUACAUUAUUUUUACAUAUGCAUAUGUACAUAUACAUACAUACAAUUAUUUACAACUUAAUUGUUAUAAAACAAAUAUACAUUCAAUAUUUACAAGCUGCUGAUUUCAAAGAAUAUUCUGAUGUGCUCUAGCAAGUAAGCGUUAAAAUGAAUAAUCUGAAAACGAACUCUACAUCCGAUAUGAA